AUGGGCAACAGAUGGCAGCGAUACGGGGAUGGGAUAGACAGACGCUGGCGGCCGCCAAGCGAAGGCAGCCACUUCAGCUUGAUCUGUUACAAAAAGGACCACGGAGCAGCAGCAGAAGAAAAGGAAGAACGGCUGCGACACCAGAUCGACUCUGUUUCAUUUUCCACCAUGUGCUCGCCAGACGCCUUCCUGGCCAUUCUGGCCGUCCUCUUCCCGCCCAUCGCAGUCUGGAUUAAGGUCGGCGUCUGCUCUGCUGAUUCUCUUAUCAACAUCGCCCUUUGCUGCCUGGGGUACGUCCCAGGUCUGCUUCAUGCAUGGUACAUCAUUCUCAAGUACCCAGAGGCAGACGACGAGUACCCAGAUGGAUACAGACCCAUCGUCGGACAUGGACAGCGUGGAGACGCUGAGGCGGGCCGAGUCACAUACUACUACAUCGCCCAUGAGCAGGCUCACCCUAACCAGUACCAGCAGCAGCAACAACAACAGCAGCAGCGCUCGUAUGGCACCAACGUAAACCCCGAAUCAAGGCCUGUUCCUCCACCCCCAGUUCCUCAGAAACCACAUCAGACCAGUGGCGUGCCAGAUCAGGGAAGCAGUAGUAGGCCUGAGGGUGAGCAGAGAGCUCCACCAACCUACGCUGAAGCUGUCAAGGGAGACAACAAAAUCCAAUCUUAA